AUGGACUUGGCAGAAAGGACAACAAACAGAAGUGAGCAAAAAUCCAGGAAGUUUUUAAAAAGUUUAAUAAGAAAGCAGCCUCAAGACCUUCUUUGGGUAAUUGGGACUGGAGCAAGCGCUACUGUAGUGCCAGGAAUACCAGCACUGUGUUCAUGGAGGGGCUGCAUUGAAGCUUUCAUCAAAGCAGCUGAACAGUUGGAUGUGCUUCAUUCAGAAGAUGUUGCUGAAUUCUGCAAAAGGGUGAUCAGAGACAGAGACUUGCUUGUAGUGGCGCAUGAUCUUACCAGAAAGUUGUCACCAGUGAGUGCAUAUAUAACACUUACUAUUAGAAGUAACUGUGGCAGAUUUAUCGAUAAAAAGGUUCUUCAAAACUUGUAUCACACCAAAUCCUUCUUGUUUUGGGGCUGUGGAGAGACUCUGCAUGAUCAGAUAUUCCAGGGUCUCUUUCUUUAUACUGUAAAGAAUAACAUGUAUUUAGAACAUUACAUGUUGUUGCCUAAAGAAAACAAAACCCACUCUUUUAAACUCCAAACAGAUAUGCUUCUUCAUGGAAUAAAAAUAGUGUCCUAUGGGGAUUGCUUUGAAUAUUUCCCUGAUUAUGUCCAAGUUCUAACUGCUCAAACCUGCAAGCAGUGAAGUCCAGAUGCUGAUUGAGUGGACAACCCAAUACUAUUGGGUAAAACAAAUUUUUGUUUUUGUAUAAAAACCUUUGGACUUUAUGUAAGGACUAUGCAGAGAAAAUUAGGAGAAAAUAGCACAAAUCCUUCUAAGAGAAUCAAACAAUCAGAUAAUGGUAUUCUCACCACCUAA